AUGUCUUCCUACGUCAUCACCGGAGCCUCGAGGGGCAUUGGCUGGGCACUCCUGGAAAACGUCUCUAGGUCCCCAGAGAACAAGGUCAUCGGCCUCGUCCGCAACAAGGCCUCGGUCGACAAGCGCGUGGCCGAGGAGCUCAAGGACCGCAGCAACAUCACCAUAAUCCAGGCCGAUCUGACAGACUAUGCGGCGCUUGAGCGGGCAGCGAAGCAGACGUCAGAGCUGACAGGCGGAAGCCUCGACUAUCUGAUCGCAAACGGCGCCCUGCUGACCUUUACCGAUUCGUAUGACGUUGAGAAUUUUGUCAAAUACAACGGUGGCGAAGGCGCGGCACAGUUCCUCCGCGACGCAUUCGAGACAAACGUCAUUGGCAACUUCAACCUCUACUCCCUCUUCACGCCUCUGAUCCUCAAGGGCAACAAGAAGAAGGUCAUGGCCAUCUCGUCCGGCCACGCCGACCUGAAUCUGGUGACCGAACACCAACUCGACGGCUUGCCCGCCUAUGCGGCCAGCAAGGCCGCCCACAACAUGAUCACGGCCAAGUUCCACGCCCGCUACGCCAAGGACGGCGUGCUAUUUAUGAGCGUCUGCCCCGGCACCGUGGACACUCUUGACUUUUCGAAGUUGAACGAAGCACAGCAAGCCACAACGAACAACAUGGUGGCCAUCUUCAAGAAGUUGCAGCCCAACUGGACCGGCCCCAAGGCCCCCUCGACCUCGGCCGAGGAGCUGCUGAAGAUCCUGGAGGAAUCGACCAUCGAGACCAAGGGAGGAAAGUACUUUUCGCACACCGGCACCGACAGCUGGCUGUGA